CUUGUUUUUUGGGUUGUAUUGUUCACCCUUCUUUGCGUUUGGGGUGUGUUAUAGGAGUAUGUGUUUUCCCUGGAGCAUUAGUUGUUCCCAAGAAAAUAUAGAAUUCCCAAGCUAUUUCUCUCCUCUUCCUCAUCCCCCGUAAAAGAAUAAGAAUGUGAAGGGAAAAUUCCUGAAAAUACUCCAAAUUUGGAAAUACCCUUCGUACAUUUUUGUUUUCGGAACAUGUUUGUAAUCGUCUGUGUAUGUUUGCACUGAAAGUUGGUAUACAACUAUAUUUCAAUUACAAACUAGUUGAGUUUGUUUAUAUGAAUACUUACAUUCCAUAGGUUUUCUACAAUUUUGGUUUAACGAAGUCUGGUUUGUCAAAUCAUUCUUGAAAUUAGGUAAUCAAUGUUUAUCUAAAAAUCAUGUGAUUUUCUUAGUAUUUACACUAAUAAUCACCGGUUACUUUUUUAUAGGUUUCCACCUGGGGUUGAUGUUCAGUUUGGGGCCCAACUACUCCCACUUUUGGGGGCAAGACAUUUUCUAUCAAAGACAUUCUAUACUUAAGCUCGAACUAAAGACCUACGGUUAAAGAUGAAAGAUUACUUAUAGCUCCAUGACAACCUAUGAUGGUAGAAAAUUAUGGCACGUAAGUAGAGACAAGUCACCCUAAUAUUAAGGUAGGUUUAAGUUAAAAGAAUGAAGACUCACAGGCUAUGAGGCAUUCUAAAAAAAUAAAACUACUAUGAUCAACACGCUGGUUUUGACAUUCUCGCAUAUACUCUUGCUAUAUUUCGUUUCGUUUUCCUUACUAAUUUCCUUACUACUCGAGUUGUUUGCUCAAGAAAAUAUACUCUGCACCCAAGGGUGUGGCCUUAUGACCAAUAAAGUGGGUAGAGAACCAUGAGGUUCACGGUUCAAAUUUUAGCGGAGGCAAAAAUAUUAGGUGAUUUCUUCCAUCUAUCCAAGCCUUGGUGGAGUGGGAGAUAGCAGGUACCCCGUGAAAUUAAUCAAGGUGCGAGCAAGCUGGCUUGGACACCACGAUUAUAAAAAAAAUUUACAUAUAAUUGGAGAAGUAAGGAUGUCAUUUAUGAAAAUUCUUUCCCGUAGCUUAAGGGGAAAAAAUGCUGUGAUCAUUAUUCUUCUUUCUAUUCCGUGUCACAUUAAUGGCCAAAAGAGAAGUAAAUUGUGAUUUGCAAAUAUGACAGCAUAGUGGUCGAGUACUCCAUUUCUAUAUUGGCUAAUUACUGUGCCGUGGGCCAAUGAAUGAACUUCAUUAGUGCCUAUAUUCCAAGAUUUAGGGAAAGAAAACAUAUCAGAAAGUUACAAAUGAAAGGUUUAUUAGGAUUAUAUCAUUUGAGGACAUCAGGACAACGUGUACGGAGUCUAUCUUCAUUGUCACAAAUCAUACAUAAAUGUUAACAGACAUCAUCUUGAGCACUAUAAAUUCCUUGCUUCCUCUAAACAUUUCAUCUACAUUCAAACACAAAAUAUUACUAGUAUUAUCACUAGAAAGAUUUAGGUAGCGAAAAAUGGCUUUGACAUUCAAUUGGAAGCUUGCUUUUGCAGCUCUACUAGUAUUGGGAAUGCACGCUUCUCGAGCCUCAUCUCGCGGCUUGUAUGAAGCCUCAAUGGUCCAGAAACACGCGCAGUGGAUGGCUCGUUUUGGGCGUGCUUACAAAGAUGACGCAGAGAAGGCAAAAAGACUCAAAAUAUUCAAGGAAAAUGCCGAGUACAUUGAUUCCGUCAACCAGGCAGGGAUCCGGCCUUACAAACUGGGCAUUAAUGAUUUUGCUGAUUUGACAAAUGAGGAAUUCCGAGCCACUCACAACGGGUAUAGAAUGCCUUCUCACCAGAAAUCGUCUGAAACCACAUCAUUCAAGUACGAAAAUGUGACUGCGCUAGCAGCUAGCAUGGAUUGGAGAAAGAAGGGUGCUGUUACUGGAGUUAAGAAUCAAGGGCAAUGUGGAUGUUGCUGGGCAUUUUCUGCUGUUGCUGCCACAGAAGGAAUCAACAAGAUCAAGAAUGGUAAGUUGAUUUCCUUAUCUGAGCAAGAACUUGUGGAUUGCGACACGAGUUGGGAUAUGGGUUGUCAAGGUGGUCUCAUGGAUUAUGCAUUCAAGUAUAUCAUCAAGAACCAUGGGCUUACUACUGAAUCCAAUUACCCAUACGAGGGAAUCGAUGGCACCUGCAAAACUGGAAAGAAAUCCAAGCAUGCUGCUAAGAUUACUGGUUACAAAGAUGUCCCAGCUAAUAGCGAGUCUUCUCUACAGAAAGCUGUAGCUCACCAACCUGUAUCUGUCGCAAUUGAUGCUAGUGGACCAGAUUUUCAAUUCUAUUCUAGCGGUGUUUUCACCGGAGAAUGUGGAACUGAGUUAGAUCACGGUGUUACAGCAAUUGGAUAUGGUAAAACUAGUGAUGGUACGGAUUAUUGGUUAGUGAAGAACUCGUGGGGAACUAGUUGGGGCGAGAAAGGUUACAUUAGAAUGCAAAGAAACAUUGAUGCUGAGGAAGGACUUUGUGGAAUUGCUAUGGAAGCUUCUUAUCCAACUGCUUAAAUUAAUAGAAAUCUGGUGCAAGUUUGCUAUUGAUUUUUCACUAAAGACCAUUGUUGGUCACAAUGUUCAUAAUGUAUGUGGUCUGCCUAGAGUUCACUGUAUGUUAUAAGCUCGUGUGUAAAUGGUGAUGUUGAUCAAAAGUGUAUCCUAUAAUUGUCUU